AUGUGGUCCGGGACACUCAAAACAUGUCCAAUCCACCCUAUCCAAGCUAUCAGAAUCAAGGAACUCAAAACCAAGGAUAUUGCUAUCCUCCAAGAUCUCAAGGCAAUUAUCAAGGACGAUCUACGGGAAACAGUUCUUAGACCCAAGGACGCUUUGGGCAACGAAAGCAUCAAGCAAGUUGACUUCCAAACAACAGACCUGCAGGAAAUUUUCAAGACAGCAACCCUCAAAACCAUCAUUAUGCUGGAUUGCAUUACAAUCAAGACGGAAGUCAAGCCGAAGGCUCAGUUCCUCAUUACAACAAUCAGGAAGCGGAAUGCUUUGUUCUGGUUGGAACUGUCCCCAAAGAGGGCCAAGGCGGAAUGCCUUCUCCCGCAGAGCAGCAUGAUCAAUAAUUCGUACAAGGCCAAUUCGUCCAACCUUGUGAACAACAAGAAAUGUAUACUCCUCCUGAAGACUCGUAUCCUCCAGAUGAAUUGUAUCUUCCAGCAGAUGAUCAAGGCUAUUAUCCAUAUGAUGAUGCCUCUGAACAUUACCGCUACUACGAUGAAGCACAUUGACCUUCACUCCAAAACAAUACUCGUUCACAGUCUAACCGUGUAA